AUAAAAUCAUAAUCAAAAUCAUAAUUUAAUAUAUGUAUAUGUCAUUGUAUUUUCCAUGAUUAAUCAAACUGUAUAAUAAUGCACAGGCAUGCUUCUGCCUUACUACUGAACUGCACCAAAGAGGGGAUUAGCUCAUUUAUUUUGAGAAAGAGACCAGAAAUUCUAAGAAUAUUUUGGUUUAAUGAGGUGUAGGAGCUACAAUUGAUUUUUACUUUUAUAUGGAAAUUAGCUAUCAGAUGGAAUUCUUUGUUGUGGUAAUGACCUUCACAACAAACAAACAAACAGAGAAUGCAAUCUUAUUAAAGGUAUUUAAAGGUUGUUAAUGAACCUUUUUUUAAUCCUCAUUCGUUGAGUACACACUUCUUCUAUGCAGCAGGGAGCAGCUGCAGAGAGACACAUGCUUAUACUCAAACAAACCCUCAUACAAUGAGUUUGUAUUGCAGGUCUUGGAAGAGAGUGAACCGUCAUGCUGAAGAGCACUUCAGUGAUGAUGUUGCAAGCUUUCUGCCUGAAGGGUUUUGUUUUCUGUUGAAUUAUGAUAAAUGUUAUGACCCUUCUGCUUUAAGAAAAACAGACUGCAGAUUCUUUGCGUGCUUCUUUUAGCUCUACUUGUUCCUUUCCAUUCUUUAUCAAUGCUUGCUCUGUGCCUUCACAUUGUUACUGAAGCAUACUCUUCACAUUAUGUUUCACUGGCAUGAGCGUCAGUGUUGUUAUUGGUCCAACCGUGUUCGUGUUCACAGAUGAGACUAUUGAGAAAAAUUCUCCCGUAAACUGCAUCCCACAUUAUUAGUUCUUUUAGUAUUUAACAUUAAAGCCAUGAGGUAGCAUUAGAGAGACUGCAUUUACAGGUGAAUAAACGAUUGAGGAUAUUUUUGUAGAAAAACAAUUAUGUGUUGAUCAGCAGUUGAAGUAUCAGGAAGUCAGUCAUUGAUGUUUGUAGCUUCUCUUUCAUGUUUAAAUGAAAAAAAAGAGAAUAGUUGUGAUUUUAUCUGCACCUGAUGGUGUGGAACAGACGAACCCGCACAAACAUACUGUAUAUCAACAAUGUUUACAAGAGACAGCACAUCGGAAAUCAUAUCAGCAGGUCAGUACAAAACAAUACUAUGAGUGGGCUGUUUGUGAACUGAAAAUAACACAUUUAAAUGAGAUUUAGUUAGCACAGGUAGGAGGUCACACUCAAUAACAACUGAACGACUGCCGCAGGACAAUUACCAAGAUUUCUACAGGUAAGAAAAGCUUGUGAAGCAGAUACAGUUGAUGUUAUCUGAAGAAAUACUGGAGGUGAUAAAACUUCAAAUAAAAAUGGUGUUGCCAUGUUGUUCAGAUAAACCAGAACAAGUAUACUAGACUGCAGACACCCUUGAAUCUACAUGUUUAACAGAGAAUAACUAAAGCUUUGCAAACUUUUAUUCUGUUUUUUUUUAACUUUGACUUUAUCUAAUUAAUGACUGAUAUGCAAAUCUUUCCUGAGAGCAAAACUGAAGUUCAGUUUGCAUUAGUCCAUAUAGCUGUGGCAUUUAAUGAUUUUAAUUUUCCUAUUUGGGCCUUGUCCUUGUGUCUAACUAUCCUUUCCUGUCUUCUCUCCCUCACCACCUCACUCAGAUACACAACUCAGAGACUGGCAGAUAAAAGCGUGGUUUGAUGGUUCAAAGCAGGAUUUGUUAACCUGUGGACAGUCAAGACAGGCCAAAAAGGAAAAGGGGAAAGAUAAGAUAUGGCCACAGCCAGCAGUUUCCUGUCUGAAGAUCAGUUCCUGUGCUCCAUCUGUCUGGAGGUUUUCACAGAGCCUGUUUCUGUUCCAUGUGGACACAACUUCUGCAAGGCCUGUAUCAGCAGGCACUGGAAGGACAAAGAGUGGUGUCAAUGUCCACUGUGCAACGAGAAGUUCAACAGGGGGAUCAAACUUUGUGUUAACACAGGAUUCAGGGAGGUUGUGGAGAAUUUCAAGAAACAUCGUAUCAUAGCUAAAAAUAAUCCCCCAGUCAAAGCAGGAGAGGUGCCAUGUGACUGUUGCCGUGGCGUCAAGUGCAAAGCUUCAAAGACCUGUUUGGUCUGUUUGACCUCUUAUUGUGAGAUACACCUUGAACCUCAUCAGAGAGAUGCGGCCUUAAUGAGACACAAAUUGACUGAUCCUGUGAAGAAGCUGAAGGACAAAAUAUGCAAGAAACAUAAUAGGAUUUUAGAGCUCUUCUGCAGGGAUGACCUGACCCAUGUUUGUGCCCUUUGUACAGAACAUAGGGCACACGAUACAGUCCCUUUAGACGAAGAGUAUGAGGAGGAGAAGGUUCAGAUGGAGAGGGAAAAGAUGGAAGUAGAGGAGAUGAUACAAGAGCGACAAAAGAAGGUUCAGGAGCUGAAGGAUGCAGUGCAGACCAAGAGGAGGGACAAAGAUGAAGCAAUAGCAAAUAGUGUUCAGACUUUAAAUGUUUUAGUAGCCUCCAUUCACAGACACCUGUCUAAGUUUUGUCAGGUGAUUGAAGAGAAGCAAAGAGCAGUAGAGAGACAGGGUGACAUGUUGGUCACAGAGCUGGAGAAGGAAAUCACUGAGCUCCAGCGGAGAAGCACAAGGCUGGAGGGCAUCUCACACAUUGAAGAUCACCUCCAGUUCAUCAAGAGCUUCCAGUCCUUCACCUCCUCCUCUUCACACACCAAGAACUGGUCUGACAUCAGUAUCAACAGUCAGCACUAUGUGGAGGCAGUGAGAAGAGCUCUGGUUCAGCUAGAGGAGACACUCAGCAAAGAGAUGACACAAGUUGGACAAGAUUUAAGGGGAAGCUUUGAUAACAUCCUUGCUGACGAUACUGAAACAGUGAAUAAACCAGCCCAGACAGUCACAGAUCUAGAGUCCCUGCCCGAAGGCAUCAAGUUGAACACAAUUCGGCGGCAGUAUACAGUGGACGUGACAUUUGAUCCGCACACUGCAAGCGACCUGCUCGUAAUUUCUGAGGAUUUUAAACAAGUGCAACCUCCUCACAUUUGCUGGAGUGACAGUGGCGGCCCAUUUAAAUUCAACAGAUAUGCCUACGUCCUGGGAAAAAAGGGCUUUUCUGAAGGGAGAUUCUACUAUGAAGUUCAGGCUGAAUUGAAGACUGGCUGGGAUUUAGGAGUAGUCAGAGGGUCGAUGCGUGGGAAGAAGAUAUUCACACCUAACUCCAGGAAUGGAAUCUGGAUCAUAAGGUUGAGGAAUAACACCAACUUCAGGGCUCUACAUAACACCCCUAUCAACCUCUCCUUGAAAAGAAAACCUAACAGAGUCGGGGUGUUUGUAGAUUAUGAGAAGGGAUUGGUGUCCUUCUAUGAUGCAGACACUGAGACUCUGAUCUACUCUUUUACUGACUGCAGAUUCAAUGAGAAAAUCUUUCCAUUCUUUAGCCCCGGUCCCCCUGAGGAUGGUAUAAACUGUGCCCCUCUGGUCCUCUCACCUGCUGAAAACUGGGAACAGAAGGUACAAAAGACAUCUCAGAAGACAAAGGAUAUUCCGCCACAAUCUUCGGAUUCCUUAUUAUACAUUAUUAUUAUUGGCAUUAUCCUUGUUAUUAGUAAUGUCAUCACAUCCAUACAAGAACAGAGUUGAAUAGAUUCUGAUGAAAUCUGAAAUCUGAAUCUAGUCAAAUCUGAUCAUGAUAAGCCCAGCUCAUGGAUAUUUUGAGAAACUGGGCCAUGCAUACAUCUUAGUAAGCUCAGUUUGAUAAUAAGAAAAUAAUCACCGUCUCCCUUUGUAAUGUAUUUUUGAUAUUUGUUGGAGAUGAAGUGGCAUGUUUAUGUUUUAUCUGUAUAUAUGUACUUUUGUAAUAACAUCAAUCAUUUUCAUUUAACAAAAGCCUUUUAAACUCAUAAAAUCUAUUAAGAAUAUCUUGCACAUGUAUGAAAUCUAACACAGAGGUUGGUACCUACAUCCAUAUUUUCUGGAAAUGUCCAAAGAUCGAGAACUUUUGGAAAGAAGUGAAGGACAAAAUAAUCCACCUAUUCACUGUAUAUUGGCAGCAGAUGUGGACAGUACUGAAAGGAGACAUAAUGCUAAACUGACUAGGAUAUUGUUGUAUAUAGCAAGGAAAGUGAUUUUUAAACACUGAAUCUCUAAGGACAGUCCCACAUUAGAGGGAAAAUAUUUAAAAUACUGUCUCUGGAAAGACUAACAUUUGCCCUGCAUGACAAUAUGCUUGGAUUUAUUAAGAUCUGGCAACCUGUGGUAGACGUGAUAGAUCCUCCUGGACUCAGCUUCAUUCUGGCUAACUGAAGGGACGGAGACUGGCUGUGAUGUGCAUAACAUAUGUUACCUGAAGGCUAGUGUGCCUGGUUUGUGUAUUCGUGUGUAUGCAUGUGUAUUUGUAGGCUAUAUAUA